AUGACGUUGCUAUGCUGCAAUUUGAUCUUGUCCAAAAAGGACAAACACCAACCUCCAACUCACCUCACAAUGAAGCGCGAGUACAUCCCGAUCGAAUCCCUGCCAGCUUGGCAGCGGCUCAAUGGGAUCGUCGUUCAAGGUAUCGCAGCUCACAAGCUUGGAUCUGAUCAACAUGGCGCAGACAAAGGCAGUGCCCUCGUCGCAACAGAAGCCCAGAUGAGCAGCGAGAACGAUACAAACCCCACGAUCCUCCUACAAAUCCCUUCAGAUCUAGUUUUAUCCCUAGAGACUGUUCAUAAUCAUGCCAAAACCGACAGGCAUUUGCGCGAGGUGUUGGAGGCAAUCGGCGACUUUGGAAGGACGGCUAGAGGAGCAAUCCUCAUAUUCCUACUCAUUCAACUAUCCCAUAGCAGCCCCGAUCUGCACUCAGCACACGAAACCAUCGGUAUCUCCAAUCCCUGGACCGAAUACGUGAAGUUCCUACCUCCAUCGUUCCCUCUGCCUAUCUUCUACACGGCCGAGGAACAAGAGCUUCUCCGGGGCACGUCGCUUGAAGAAGCUCUGGAUGCGAAGUUUGCAUCUCUUGAGCGAGAGUUUGAACAGCUCCGCCAUGCUACGGAGGGUAUCGCGUGGUGUCAACGGAGCUGGUGGGAUGAGAAGACUGGCACGCUGACAAUUCACGACUGGAAAUAUGUUGACGCUGCUUAUCGAUCGCGCAUGUUGGAUCUGCCUAGAAGUGGUCUGGCGAUGGUGCCUUGUAUUGAUAUGGCUAAUCAUGGCUCCGGUGAUGAGGUCAAGGCGCUAUAUGAUGCAGACUCGGAUGGGAACGCCAUUCUUCAGUUACGAUGGGGCAAGGCUAUCCAGCCCGGAGAAGAGGUUACGAUUUCGUACGGAGAUGAGAAGCCCGCAUCUGAGAUGAUAUUUUCGUACGGAUUUCUGGAAAGCGGCACGACGGAAGCACGAGAAAUAUUCCUCAAUCUGGAUAUCCCAGAGGAUGACCCUCUCGCCCUCGCAAAGAAGAUGUUCUGCCAGAACAAUUCUGGAAUUCGAAUUUCGGCUGAGGGGGGCUCCAAAGAACUAACGUGGGAGAGUGGGCUGGCCUGGAUAGCAUGCGUGAACGAAGAAGACGGGCUUCACUUCGGGAUCGCACAGACCACCGACGGGGGCCGGGAGUUGGAAACGACCUGGAAAGGCGAAAAGAUUCAAUCAGCCAGUCAUCUCCGCGAGCUACUUGCUGUGGAUCCCUUGUGGGAGAUUUUCCAGCUUCGUGCUGCGGUGCUGCUUCUCGAACGGCUCGAAACUCAGCUCGCUCUUCUCCAGGAGACUGAGGAAAUUAUCUCGAAUCUGCGAGAGGACAAAGCGGCUUUGGAUUCCAUGUUCCGACCUGGGAUCUUCACAUCGAUUGCGCAAUACCGAAUUUUGGAAGGGGAGCUGCUGGAGAAGACUGUGGACGAAUUAACAAAACAGAGAACAGAGUUACUGGCUUCUAAAACGGUGGCCGAGUAUUUCCGUGCACAGACAGGGGAGCCGGACGAAGCCGACGACUUUUCAUGA